CUUGUUCCCCGCCACCCCGGCCGGCCGCACCAGCGAAGAUACGAACGCACGCUGCACUCUGGCAGUCAGCAAAGGCUCAAAGUGCAGUCAGUUUGCCGGAGGAAACCAUGUCCGCCGACCUUGAGGAGGUGCGAGUGGUCGACGACAGCGGGGCCGAAACCGAACCACGCCACGCAGGAGCGCCCGUGGAGCCCGCCGUCGAAAUGUCCACCUACUCCAGCGUUGUCCAGAGGGCCCACAAUGCCUUCCAGUCGGGCCGAACGCGCGACGUCGAGUUUCGGCGCCGCACCCUUAAGCAGCUGCUCCGCAUGUACGAAGAAAACACCAACGAGAUGCUUGAGGUUCUCAACAAGGACCUUCGCAAGAGCAAACAGGAGGCCACCGUGCUCGAGGUGGAGUACCUGAAGAAUGACAUCAGGGCCUGCCUCGCGCAUCUGGACGAGUGGGUCAAACCUGAGAAGCCGCCUAAAGGCUUGGUGAACAUGCUGGACGACGUCUUCCUCUACAGGGAGCCGUUCGGCGUGGCCCUGGUGAUGGGCGCGUGGAACUACCCCUUGCAACUCACCCUUCUACCCAUGCACGGUGCGGUAUCAGCUGGAAACUGUGUCAUCCUCAAACCUUCAGAAUUGUCGCCCAACUCAGCCAAACUGAUCGCAGAACUUAUUCCAAAAUACCUCGACCAGGAGUGCUACCAAGUGGUGCUGGGUGGAAUUCCUGAAACGACGCUUUUGCUGAAGGAGCGCUUUGAUUAUAUUUUCUACACCGGCUCAACGACAGUGGGAAAAAUCGUGCGCGACGCCGCCAACCAGCAUUUGACCCCGGUCACCCUGGAAUUGGGAGGAAAGAGCCCGACGUACCUGGACAGUUCAUGCGAUAUAGAGAUCGCCACGAAACGCAUCCUGUGGGGCAAGCUGAUCAACGUGGGCCAGACGUGCAUCGCGCCUGACUACCUGCUUUGCACCAAGCAGGUGCAGGAAAAAUUCGUGGCCACGGCCAAGCGGGUCCUAUCCUCCUGGUUUGGCGAUAACCCCAUCGAGUCGCCCGACCUGGGCCGCAUCAUCAACGAGCGCCACUUCAGCAGACUGCAGGGACUACUCAAGAGCACCACCGGUCGCGUCGUCAUCGGAGGCGAUGGAAACUCCGAGGAACGCUUCAUUCCACCAACCAUCAUCGCCGAUGUCGCGCCCACUGACCCGAUUAUGCAGGAGGAAAUUUUCGGCCCAAUCCUGCCGAUCAUCAACGUGGAGAACGCUUACGAAGCCAUCAAGUUCAUCAACAGCAGGGAGAAGCCGCUGGCACUGUACAUUUUCACGGAGAGCAAGAAGGACCGCGAGCUUAUCCUGAACAACACAUCGAGCGGCGGCGUUUGCUGCAAUGAUGUCGUCAUGCACCUGGGCGUCGAAAACCUGCCGUUCGGCGGCGUCGGCCAGAGCGGCAUCGGCCAGUAUCACGGCAAGGUCAGCUUCGACGAGUUUUCACACACCAAAGGAUGCCUGGUCAGGAACUUUGGCUUCAUCGGCGAGACGCUCGGAGGGUUCCGCUACCCGCCCUACUCAGAGAACAACAUCAAGAUGCUCAACAUGCUGAUGAAGAAGCGCAACUCGUUCGGCUUGUUCAAGUGCCUGCCAAAGAUCGCUCUUUUCGCCCUGGGAGCCGCGUCGGUCCUUGCUGUACAGGCCAUCGUCAGGCGCGGCCUAACGUUGAGGACAGUAUUCGCUUUCGUAAAAGGGUUAAAAACAUAAAAUGAGUUCGCGUUUUGAAUUUCGCAAAGACGCAGAGGCCACAAAUGGUGACAGCGAGUGAGUGAAGUUUGGAGAUGAUAUUACGGCUUGGAAGCGGCCGCCUUGACGGAAAUCGCCGCGAAACGUUUUCUGCCUGCUGUGUUAACCAAUUCUACCCUAGCCUCUGCCUCUCUAUGUUUGUGAUUUUAUAUACGCUCGUAUUAUUUUUUGUAAUAAAUACGCCAAUGUUGAAAAAUUGAAA